UUCUGAGAGUAAAACUGUGUGUGAUGGGAGUUUAUAUUCGUGGCGUGGCCGUGGCGUGGGCCCGCUGCUGCUGCUCCGUGGACGCGAACUCCGGCGUUACGAAAACACUCACGAACACCGACGAGGACGUUUGCAGCGUUUAAAGCGUGGACUUUUAACUUAACGGACGCUGCUGCCAUGUAAGCGGAGAGUAAAUCUGCGCCUGCUCUACAAACAAGUGUCAAACAAGUGCACUGUCGCUCUGCCAUGUCGCUACUUUGCGUCAGAGUGAAAAAAGCCAAACUCCAGGGAUCUCCAGACAAGUUCAAUACCUACGUGACACUGAAGGUGCAAAAUGUCAAAAGCACCACCAUCACUGUGCGAGGGGACCAGCCGUGCUGGGAACAGGAUUUCAUGUUUGAGAUCAGUCGCCUGGACCUUGGCCUCAUUGUUGAGGUGUGGAACAAAGGCCUCAUCUGGGACACCAUGGUGGGAACCUCCUGGAUCCCUCUCAAGAGCGUCCGACAAUCAGAGGAGGAGGGUUCAGGCGAGUGGAUAUUCCUGGACGCAGAAGUGCUGAUGAAAGCGGAUGAAAUCUACGGCACCAAGAACCCAACACCUCACCGCGUCCUGCUGGACACUCGCUUCGAGCUGCCUUUUGAUAUCCCAGACGAUGAGGCUCAGUACUGGACGGGGAAACUGGAGCACAUCAACACACUGAGAAUACACGAUGAGUACCCUCUUCAGGAUGACGUCCAGAGUCGCCCGCUGCCAUUUGCAGCCUCUCAGUGCUGCAACUAUUUCGGAUGGGCUGAACCACUGACUCUGGAUGACCAGGACAGUGCCGUUGAUGACCGGGACAGUGACUACCGCAGUGAGACGAGUAACAGUCUGCCUCCGCGUUACCACUCGACGGCUCAGCCCAACGCCUCCAUGCACCAGUAUCCCAUGGGGCCUCGGCUACAGCAGCAUCCGGACUCCUGCACGGACUCUGUCCACAGUUUUGACCUGGACUACCGGGAUCAGAGAGGAACCAGAUCGUUAAACCAGAAAGGAAGGGUCAGGAUUAUACCUGUAGAUUCAGGCAUGGGAGUAGAAGACUGGGAAUACAAAUACAAAUGCCAGAGCAAGCCUCAGCUGAGUGACUUCCUAGAUGAUGAGGAAGACAAUGUUCUUCUUCGAAUGGGACCAUCCUACCCAGAGUUAUCACACAUUUCUAACCAUCAAAAUGUCAAACGCUAUGGUUCUCUGCCUGCCACCUACCCUGAGGCCUAUGACACAAUUGAUCGACGGCGAAAGAAAACACUAAAGAACCCAGGAAGGCUGCUCAAUACAGAGACAGACAAAAUGAGAGAAGGAGCUUUUCCCUCUGACCUUGCACUUCUGCGAGAGAAGAGAGGGGAGGUGUUCAUGCAGCAGGUCACAGAGAUGCAGGAGGAGGAGGAGCGUUUGACGUCAUGCUUCCGGCCACACAAGAAUGAACUUCUCUACAAGACAAGGAUGUGGGCUAAGAAUGAGCUGGACCACACUUUGGAGAACUACAAAAAAGAACAAGAUGCCAGAAUGAGAGCACGGUUUCAUUGUGAUCAAGCGAGUUCUGAAGAUGUGCAUUUCUCCAUAGGAGCAGAGGAUGAUAUUGAUAACAUUGAUUUUGUAGAAGACUCUGAAAAUGGAAGACAUUACAGAGAUGGGUAUUCUUUCUCCUAUGAGGGUCACAUAGAAAAUUCUCAGGGUCUUCGCGAUAAGAAGUGUGGAAAAACUAAAAUUGGGGGAUGGACUCCAGAGGCCAUGCUCUCUCCUGUUGAAGAACCUAGUGAUGAAUAUGUAGAUGCAAUGGAUGAACUCCAGUGUCUUGUUGAGACUGUUUCAGAAUACCUUGCAGAAAAAGAGGAGGAAAUUAGCAAGUACGGCUCCCUUCCUAAAUCAACCAAAUCUAGGCUAUCUUCACAAGGUAGCAACAGAACUGAUUCUUUUGGAGAGGACCAAACUACUUCAUCCAAGGAUCCAAGAGAACCAAUGCUGUCACAGACUUCUGCUGACCAGGGUGGCUCAGGUGUAAAACAUGCCAUGAGCUCAUUAUUUAGUUCUCUCACUGACAGAGUAGGGGGAAGUCCCAAACAGGAAGUCCCACAGGCACCAUCAGCACAAUCCUCACAAUUUGGGCUGACAAAGUUCUUAUCCUUUAUCCCUAAAUCAAAUAACCCCACUCCUGUAGCUGUUGUUUCUCCAGUAGAAACGUCUCCCGAAAAGUCUUUAAUUUCCGUGUCUUCUCUGCUACCAUGUGAUGGUAACGAUCACAGGCAUGAAUCAAUAAAAGCCCCCAUAUUCAGUGAGACACAGAAAAGUACAAAAGGAAGUGAGACUGACUAUGUAAGCAAACCUGAAAAUGCUUUAGGAAACUCAGUUUUGGGGAAAUUGAAUCCUUUAAAACUUUUUUCAGCAGGGGUAGAUGGGAACCCAUCUGAAAACAAAAAUGAAUCAGAAACCACACACUCUCAAGGUCAUGCACAAUUGGACGGAAAAUAUCUCCAUCAAAGUAGACAGUCAGUGAUGGAAGACCGAGAUAAGAAAUUUGAAAAAUCAAGAAGUUCUUCUCAAGAGAAACCCUCGGGACAAAAUUCAAUGAUAAACAAUCAAGACAAGGUACUUGCUCCAGGGCCAGUGGGGCCUAAUAACAAAACACAAUCCUCAAACAUUGGGUUCUUUAGUCCGUUAAGGAAGUCUCUGAGUUCACUGAUCACAUCUGCUGCUCCUCUUCCAUCGCAGGGGGCUCCACCUGUUGCUGUUUAUCCUGCAUUUAGAUCAACAGAGGAUCUCGGUCAACAAAAACCAGUAGAGAACCCAUCAUUGACUAAUAAGCCUAAACUCCCUUUCGUAUCCUCUGAAAAUGUCUCCACUCAGCAACCCCUCAAAUCAGAAGGAGGCAUUUUCUCCAGUUUUUUAAAAUUUGCAUCAAGUGAUGAUCUUAGUGCCUCCAUGAACACACAGAAACCUGUGCAACCAUAUCAUGAGUCCAGUCCAAAAAACAUCACACAGAAUUCUUCUGUGCCCCAGGAGAGCACUGAGAAGGGAUGGUUUUCCAGCAUAUUUAACACUACAUCUGCCUCCCCUGCUUCAAACCAGAAUUUUUCCACUAAUCAGCAAUCUCAGGAGCGCAAAGCAUCAACUGGCUCACAACAACAACAACAUUCAUCAAAUCAAAUAUCAAUAGCAUCUACUCAUGAACUGCAGCAUCAAGCUCCCAAUCAGCCUGAAUCGCAAAGUUUUUUGACAGGUCUUAUUAAAGGAAGCUCUACUGAGAAUGUCUCUCAUAUGUGUUCUAAUCAACCAAAACAAGGAGGACUGCUAUCUGGACUGCUUAAGUUUGGCUCCACUAGUGACAUAUCGAGCAGUUUGCCACAGCAGGCUUCCUAUGAUAAUCAACCCCCCAGUGGCAAUAAUCCCGUGCAGCAUCCUCAUCACUCUCCCCAACCACAAACCUCUUCAGCUCCUCCAAAGGGGGGUCUACUCUCGGGGCUAUUGAGGUUUUCAUCAACAGAAAAUAUACCACCCAACACAGAGUUAUCUGAAGCUGAAAAACAGAGGGACAUUCACAGCAGUUAUGGUGAUCAGCAGCAGGUUUUAAACGACCCUCCACAAACACAACCUCAAAAGGGACUGUUAUCUGGAUUGCUGAAAUUUACGUCCUCUGAGAAUGUUUCAGGCAGCCAAAAUAUUCAAACUCAACAGGUUUUCCAACAACAGAAUACUCAAGGUUCAGACAAAGGGCUUCAUAUCAACAACAGGCCAUCAAGUCAGCAAGUUGUCCAGCAGGACACAAGUAAACCAGGUUUUACUCGACAACAUACUGUUCCACUCCAGCAGUCACAAUCACAACAAGGUGGUCUUUUAUCUGGACUUUUUAAAUUUGCUUCUGCAGACAACAUCAAUGCCAAACAACACACAUCAGCUCAGCAUGGGAUUACACCAAGACAACCCAGCCAAGAACAGACAAAGGCAAUAAAUGUCCCAGUGUCCCAUCAUGAUCAAACACAACAAAAUACCUCAGCACAAAAUGUUACUCGAGCAAGUGGUUUAAUUUCUGGAUUAUUCAAAUCCUCCUCAGAAAAUAUGACUCCUCAGCCACAGCCGGGAAUCAUACAUGAGACACAAAAGCAAAUCACACUGUCUCAAACCCAGACUGCUCACAAUCAGCCAGAGACUGAAAAUCAACCCGGAGUGCUCUUAGGAUUGUUCAACAAGUUAAAAAAAUCACCUGAAAACACUGACACAACCUGUCAAACAUCAACUGCACAACCACUGCAUCCAAAAGCCCACAAUUAUUCAAUCACAACAAACGCCCCACAGCAAACAAAGUUGCACACUGAUACAACGCAACAAUCUUCAGACCAACAUGGGGAGAAAGGGAAUAGAACUCCACAAACUGCCCAACAUAGGUUUUUACCUGGACUAUUCAGCAAAAAUGUAACUGAGGACUCUUUAAUUCAUAAACAAACUGAAACUGUGGAUAAAAUCAAAGAACAACAGACACUAUCAAUGACGUCCACAGAUCUAGGCAUGUUACAAAGAACUACCCCAGCUUUUGGAAAGGAUAGCGGUCAAAGGACAAUUCCCGGCUCUCCCAAUCCAGGACGGAGCAGACAUGCUUUAAUCAGUCCACCUGUCUCAAUUGAUACUGAGAGUUUAGACUUAAGAACAUCAGCUACUUUUGCAAAAUCUCAUCAGAGUCAGGCAUCAUAUUCCUCAAUUAGCACAGGUAAUUUAUCUCAGUUAUAUUAUCCUGGCUCACUUCAGUCAGGUCACACAAUGGCUUACAGUACAGGAAAUAUUCAAUCAAUUUUACAAAGCCGUUCAGUUUCUCCAAUCAAGAACAUGCAGCCAUUUGUGGGAGGAAGUACUCCAUCUUUGUAUGGAGCUACAAGGCAAAUUCUUUGCCAGGGUCAGUUGUCCCCCUAUGAAAGUCUUUCUUAUGAUGAAAACCAAUGGAUCCGUGAAAGUGCUCUGUGGCAGCAGUUUCAGAAUGAGUCAUUGAAUUAUCAGUUUCAAGGACAAGAUCAAGGUUAUAAACAGAGCAGUGAGUCAUUACAGGCAUCUGUUCUUCAUGGCAGCUCUUCACAUAUCUCUCAACCAAAUAACUCCCCUGCACCAUGGCAAGGGUGUGUUGGUCCUUAUGAAUUAGAUGAUCACAGGAGUGGUGAUUUGUAUCCCCAGGAGAAAGUAUGGAGUAAUAAUGUAGACUUAAAAAAUGUACAAUGUUUUCCCAGUGAGGAGGGUGUGCUGAACUUAUCUACUAAACAACAGAGUGCUGACAAGUUUGGGAAAGUUCAGUUAUGUAAUUAUGGUAGCACUUGCAGCUUGAAUGGGGUUUCAUAUCAUGAAGGCUAUUAUGAAGAGACUGCACCAAGCUUAUCUUAUUCAGCAAACUGGCAACAUGGAAUAGAUAAUGCAGUCUUGCAGACUUUUCAUGCUGAUGGCACGAUUCAUGAGAGUCCAUUAAAUUUAGAUCGACCAGUAGAUUCAGGCUGUCAUCCUAGUGCCAUUUCUGAGACAGAAGAGUCAUUAUAUCUUGAAGACACUGAGUGGUAUCAACAGUGGCUUUCACUUUUGGAGCAGGGAAUGUGGUGGCCAGCAGACGAUGGUGACUGUGGCUACUUUGUGUACACAGAUCAUGAAUACAUUUAUGCCUUACUUACAGAUACAACAGGUGAAAAUGUGUAUGCAUGUGCCCCUGAAGGCGAGUAUUGUGGAAAAACACAGAAACUAGAUAGCUGUCCCAGUGCUUGGCUGCACAAUGAAAUGGUUUUAGUCUGUGGCUUUAAAAUUCCACUUUACAAUGAGGAUGAACUUCUUUGGCUACCCGGUCAAGAUCAGAGUGGUUCUCUUCUUCUCAAUGCCCCCUUAGAUUUAUCUGCUGCCUAUCGAAAAGGAAAUCAGAUAAUGAAUUUAAAUCUUGAGCAGUUCUCUCAGAUGUUUGAAAAUUCUUUUCUGUCACAAGGGCAACAAGAAUUAGAUUUCACAUCUUACUCUUUAAACAAAGUCAGAAUGGAUCAGAAACAAUCUACUGUCUACGAUGACCAGUGCAAAGGUGUUAUUGACCUUUCUUGUCAUAGGAAGGACCGUGUUGGUCCUUGUUGGAACAACCAGGAAAUUAAGUCAUUCCUUGCUCAAAAGGUUGCUGUUUCCAUGAGCUAUUCUCCCCUUGAAAAUUCUAAUCAGCAACUACUUUAUAAAUGUUACGAGCCAAACCAAAGGCGACGUUCAUCCCAUGGGGUUGUAGUGAAGCAUGCAGAUGAUAUAUCAGAGGAAGAAUGGAGAAUGAGAGUAUCACCAGGACAAGAGCAGCCAAAUCGUCAAGUCAGAAAAACAUCCUCCCUCAUGUCCUCUUUUCUGGGCAAAACAUCAGAGGUGGAAUUGGACAAAACUAAUACGUCAUCCAAUGAUCCAGCUACUGAUAAACAUUAUAAGAAUAUUUUGUCAUCAGGUUUUCAAAGUUUGAAGUCAAAGAUUGUCAAAGAAGAAUCUACUGCUGCUGUGACUCAGCCCAAGAGUGUUAAAGAAGAAAUACAGAGUCCAGCUACCAUACAGAGAAGAAACUUGCCCACACUACCAACUACUGCUCAAGUAACUCCCCUCUCAAUUAAUUCACAUACAACUUCACAAAAACCUAGACUUUCUCGUCAGAGUACCAUGGUACAACAAUCAUCCCCACCAAUUCAACCCACUGUCACAGUGUCUUCAGGGUCAAAAGAAUCUUUUAUUAAAUCUCAACCACCUGGACAGCCCACAACUAAUAAACUGGGGGAUAUCCCAUUGGAUAAACCCUCUGAACAACCACAGGCAAGCUUCAUGAACUUCCUGAAAUCUACAGUAGGUAUAGAGGAAACAAAGCCAGAUCCCCUCAAACUAUCUCACACACCUCCCAAUCAGCAAAACAAAACUGGCAGCACUGCUUCCUUGCCAGGCAGUGCUACCACAAAUAAAGAGACCACAGGAGUGUCAAAUCUGUUUGGCUCAAUUAGCAGCCUGUUUAGCGCUGAGUCCCCUCCACCACAAAAACAGCAAAUGAAAUGUAGUGUUACAGAGAGUUUCCUGACAUCAGCAUCUAAAUCUAAGGAUUUACAAAUACAGCAAACAUUGGAUCCAAAUGGUACCUCUCGGCCACAGACUCACCCCCCCAGCAAAAAUGUUGCAGGGGUAUUUCUCCCCAGUUCUUCUCCAGGCCCUGCUUUGACAACAUUGCCACCAAAAGAGAAAUCAAAAGAAGAAGCAGGAAGUAAACCAUCUGGUGGACUAUUUGGGAUUUCAAUUGGAGAAAUGCUGACAGGUUCAAUAGCAGCUGACCAGUCUGGACCCACACCUCAAAUACCUACACCGGUUACAGCUCCACAGGAGGAAUCACUGGGAAAGAGUCUAUUAUCAUUGUUUAGUGGACCAAAUCCUCCUCAAUCUGCAAAUAAAACUGGGUCUUUGUCUCAACCUCAUCCUCCUGGUGGAGCUUCGCAACCUCCUCAACAGGAAUCAUUUGGUAAAAGUUUAUUAACAAUGUUUGGAGGAUCAGGUCCUUUGCAAUCAUCACCUCAAAAUAAGUCAACUGCUGAGACAAAUCAGCAAGGAACUGUUCCUCCAAAGGAGUCCCCGUCCACAGGAUUUCUUUCUAUGUUUGGUGGUUCUGGCACCCAACAGUCUUCAGCCCAACCAGGAUCUAUUCUAGGGGGAAUCUUGUCUGGGUCAUCAUCUUCGACAGAGAGUCCAAUGAAGGGACUUUUAUCAAUGUUUAGUGAACCAACUCCUUCACAGCCUCAGCAACCAGCCACAUCAUCGCAACAAAGAGUGUCCCAACCACAGCCCCAACAAGGUGAACCUCAGACACAACCUAAACCACAAGCACAGUCUCAAACACAAGGGCAAUCAGCUACCUCUGUUCUUGGGGGAAUGUUGGGUGGUUUAUCUGACUCCACUGAAAGCCCAAGAAAAGUUUUGUUUUCUAUGUUUGGCAGUCCCAGUACCUCUCAAACAACAGGAACUGGUGGAACAAACAUAUCUUCUAUGCCAGGGACUGCACCACCCAAAGAAUCUGUCAAGAGUAUAUUCUCCGUUUUUAGUGAUGUGAUGAAUCCUGCACAGCAACCUUCUAAUUCCUCAUCUGCUGUUGUUAAAGCUACCAAUGAGCCAUCAACUCUUAAUUUGCAAGAAGGUGUUUCCCAAGUGCCAUCGGUUUCUAUUAACCAGGUUGCAGUGUCAGCAACAACCAGUCAAAUUUUAAGUGACUUCUCAAGUAGCAAUUUAGAAACUAAAGAAUCCACAGAUAGUACUGUAAAUGCCACAAUUAAAGAAAUUGACAUUGUAUCUAAGGAACCAAUUUCAGAUGGCGUAACUAUGCAAAAAGUAACAAGCCUUGAAAGUGCACCUCAUGAUUCUCCUCCCAUUAAUGUGCCGACAGCUUCUGUUCUGUUGUCUGAUGGUCCAGGGAAUGGUUUACUUUCAUUGUUUUCAGGGCCCACCACAGAGUCUAGUGCUAAAGAGAGAGAUUCUAUUCCCAGUGAGCCAGGGUCUUCACCCAAGGACAUGCCAGACAAAGGAUUGUUCUCUGCAUUUAUAAGUUCUGCCACCCAGCCCUCUCCACAGCCUGGAAGUUCUAUAUUAGGGUCAAUGUUUGGUGGCUCAUUACCCCAAACACCUGCCUCUCAAACAGGAGGUUCAUUACUAGGUGGUUUAUUUGGAAGUUCAGCACCUCAGGCUAGUACCAUUAAGAGUGCAGGCUCUGCGACUCAGACAGGGACAUCUUUACUGGGAGGCUUAUUUGGUGGAUCUGCUCCCCAGGCAGCUGGAUCACAGACAGUGGGUUCUGUUUUGGGAGGGUUUUUUGGAGGAUCAGCAGCUUCAACUGCAACAUCUCAGAAUAGUGGAUCCUUGAGCGGAAUAUUUGGAAAGGCUAACCAAACUUCAACAACCCAAAAUACUACCUCUAUUUUGGGAGGUAUUCUAGGGGGAUCACAUUCUCAAACAGCCACUGCACAGUCUAACACAUCUCCAGUGGCUGGAAAUUUACCAGUAGCUUCAGAUCCCAAUGAGAUACCUGGCAAAGGUUUGCUCUCAAUGUUUGGAGGGUCUGCUCCACCAGCAACAUCAUCUCAAAUGGCUACAGUAACAACUACUGAUGACAAGACAGUAUCAAAUAUGGAUAUUAUCAACACUACCGCAGGUGUACCUGUUCUAUCGAAAUGUAAUGAUGAGAUUAAAACUGAACCACUCUGUGCCAAAAUAUCUGAAGUUACCGACAGUGAAGAGCAAGUAGAAGCACCUGUAAAACCUGGGACACCCCAAUUUGUUGAGGCAAGCUUUGAAAAAACUGAUGGCAAUGUCAGUGAAGACAGUACAUGUCAAGUUACUGACAAGUCAAAUGAAUUAUCAAAAGAUAUCCAUCAAAAAGAAAUCUGUGCACCAGCACAACAAAUUGCAAGACCGGAGCUUGCAAGUGGUUCAUCAACUCAAGAUACAAUUCCAUCUACAAUAGAAGAGGAAACACCAGCCACUCAGUCAAAAAGUCUUGGGGUCCAGGUACAACAGAAAGAUCCAGAGCCAGAUAAAACUGUUAGUGACUCACAAGCAGAUAAAGUUGCAGGUUUUGUGUCCUCCUUUUUCAAACCAACAUCUUCUUCAAAUGAAGGUCCUCAGCAAAACCAAAACAACUCACUUUUUGGACUAGGAGGAACAGCACGCCAAGCUGCUACUGGUCAAACUGGAACAUCAGUAUUAGGGGGUAUUUUGGGGGGAUCUAGCAACCAGACAGCUCCACAGACAGGGGCAUCCAUACUGGGAGGUUUAUUUAAAGGAUCUGCUUCUCAGUCUGGUCCACCAACAACAUCCCCAGUCACAGGUGGCUCAGGAUUAGGUGGGCUUUUUGGAGGAGGAUUCACUUCCAAGCCUGUCGGACCACCGACUGGUGGAUCAUUACUGGGCGGAAUGUUUGGUGGAUCUGCAGCAACAGCUCAGUCAAGUGGUUCUUUACUUGGAGGAAUGUUUGGAGGUCUUACUGCUCAGACUGCGGGAUCACCGACUGGAGCUUCAAUUCUUGGUGGCAUUGGUGGAUCUUUAUUUGGAGGUGUGGGACAAUCGCCCAAGUCAUCUGAAACAGUCCCAGCUGAACCCAAGCCAACAGCAAGCACCACUGUACAGCCAUUGAAUUUCAAUGAAACUGUAACACCUAUAGUAGCUCCAUGUCCUACAGAUUCUGGUACAAGCAAAAUGGUCAUCUCAUCUGUAAAAGACAAAGAUCAAGUAAAUUUUGGCAGCCUAACAAAUAGUGGUGUUGUGGAAUUGGAGACAGGUUGUUCAGAAAGUUCUGCUGUUACAAGUCCUACAUGUGACCUCACCCAUCAGAUAAAUAUGACUGAAAGAAAAAUGUCAAUUGUUGGAGAAGAAUUGAUACAUGAGAAGCCUGAGAUCAUUAAAGGAGAUUCCAAAGAAAGUGACAAAUCAGCCCUAUCCAACUCCCAACAAGUAGAUGCAGCACCUGAGCCCAAUCAAAUGCCAAGUGAUACAGAGCCACAAUCUCAGACCACCAAAUCUCUGUUUGGAUUCAUAUCAGCACCAAGUGAAACAGGAAAAUCUCUUGGAUCCCUAUUUUCAUCAGCAAUUCCUUCAGAUGCUCCACCAAUGCCUCAAACAGAAGAAGGAAGUGGUCUAUUUUCAGGGUUAAAAAAUCUUUCUGGGGGCCUGUUUCAAGAUGACAAAAAUGUUGCUGGAAAACAAGAGGCACCAACUAUUUCAUUAUUUGGGUCGAAGAUAAGCUUUCCUUGGCAGGCAGAGCCACCGAAGCAACAGACUACUCCAGUCAUAAUAUCUCAACCCAAAACAAAUAGUCAGACACAUGCACAAAAGGUUGCAACACCUGAUUUCCCAACACCUGAAUUGGUAGGUUCCACAGAUGGUGUAGCAAACCCCCAAAUGUGCAUCUCCUCCCCUGAAGUAGAUCCUUCAGCAUCCCUCAUCCCAAAGGAGAAGGAAAGACUUGUAGAAACAAACCCCUCUGCAGGUUCUACCUCUGGAGUGCAGCUGGACAACCAGUUCAAGAAGGAUCUAUUGAAUGCAAAAAGUCCAGUGGAAAGUAGUCGUUUUGGGUCGUCGGGAAACCUGAGCCAGAUCAGUUCCCAGCUCAGUGAGGCUGGACAAGAGAGUACCGGAGGCUCAGAGGUGGAGGAGUCAUUUCAUUCCUACCAUAGCACCGGCUUUCACCCCUCCACCAAUGGACAGCCACGCACAAACGGACACACCAAUGGUCACUCUGCGGCUGGUGAGCAGGAGAUACAUAGACUCUCUCCAGAAAUGGGACAUAGCCUGAAAAAUGACACCCCAUCAGAGAGAGGAUCCUCUAAACUCCUAAGGUUCCAUGACGAUGGACCACCAUUACCGUUUUCUCCGUCCAGAGUUCGUUGGUUGAAGGCCAUCAAUAAAGUCAGGGUUCAGCUUCGCGAGGUUCGAGAUGAAGAACCCAAUAAUAUUAGACAGGCCUGGGUCAAACCAGGUGGUGGUUCUGGUCUGUAUGGAAUUGACAGCAUGCCAGACCUGCGUAAAAAGAAGCCCAUCCCCUUGGUCAGCGACGUGGCUAUGUCCCUUGUCCAAGCGAGGAAGGCGGGCAUCGCGUCUGCUAUGGCCGCGCGGUCCUCAAUCAAGGACGAGGAGCUGAAAAGCCACGUGUACAAGAAGACUCUGCAGGCUCUCAUCUACCCCAUAUCUUGCACGACACCACACAACUUUGAAGUGUGGACUGCCACGACACCCACAUACUGCUACGAGUGCGAGGGGCUACUGUGGGGAAUCGCCCGCCAAGGCAUGCGUUGCUCCGAGUGCGGCGUCAAGUGCCACGAGAAGUGCCAAGAGCUGCUGAACGCUGACUGUCUACAGCGUGCGGCAGAGAAGAGCUCCAAACAUGGAGCUGAAGACAAGACUCAGAACAUCAUCAUGGCCAUGAAGGACAGGAUGAAGAUCCGCGAGAGGAACAAACCAGAAAUCUUUGAGCUCAUCAGGGAAGUGUUUAUCAUCAGCAAAGCCAUCCACGCUCAGCAGAUGAAGACCAUCAAACAGAGUGUCCUGGACGGCACCUCGAAGUGGUCGGCCAAGAUCACCAUCACAGUCGUUUGUGCACAAGGACUUCAAGCAAAGGACAAAACAGGAUCCAGUGAUCCGUACGUCACCGUCCAGGUGGGCAAGACCAAGAAGAGAACCAAGACCAUCUUUGGUAACCUCAAUCCUGUUUGGGAGGAGAAGUUCCACUUCGAGUGUCACAAUUCCUCCGACCGGAUAAAAGUGCGCGUGUGGGACGAGGACGACGACAUUAAGUCGAGGGUGAAGCAGCGUCUCAAGAGGGAAUCGGACGAUUUCCUCGGCCAGAGUAUUAUCGAAGUUCGAACGCUGAGUGGCGAAAUGGACGUCUGGUAUAACCUGGAGAAGAGGACGGACAAGUCGGCCGUGUCAGGUGCCAUUCGCCUCCAGAUCAACGUGGAGAUCAAGGGAGAGGAGAAAGUGGCUCCGUACCACGUGCAGUACACGUGUUUGCACGAGAACUUGUUCCAUCACUCCAACGACAUGCUCGGUCAAGGUGUGGUGAAAAUCCCUGACCCUCGCGGAGACGACGCGUGGAAAGUCUAUUUUGAAGACGUGGCGCAGGAAGUCGUGGACGAGUUCGCCAUGCGCUACGGGAUUGAGUCCAUCUACCAGGCCAUGACUCACUUUGCCUGUUUGUCAUCAAAGUACAUGUGUCCCGGGGUUCCUGCAGUGAUGAGCACCCUGCUGGCCAAUAUCAAUGCCUUCUACGCCCACACCACCGCCUCCACCAACGUGUCCGCCUCCGACCGCUUUGCUGCCUCCAAUUUCGGGAAAGAACGCUUCGUCAAGCUCUUGGACCAAUUGCACAACUCCUUGCGCAUCGACCUCUCCACAUACAGGAACCAUUUUCCUGCCAGCAGCAAGGAUCGACUGCAGGAUCUGAAAUCCACAGUGGAUCUUCUAACCAGCAUCACCUUCUUCAGGAUGAAGGUCCAGGAGUUACAGUCGCCGCCCAGAGCCAGUCAGGUCGUCAGGGACUGUGUCAAGGCCUGUCUCAACUCCACGUAUGACUACAUCUUCAAUAACUGCCACGAGCUCUACAACAGACAGUACCAGCCCGCGGACUCAAAUAAGGAGGAUCUGCCUUUGGAAGAGCAGGGCCCAAACAUCAAGAACCUGGACUUCUGGCCUAAACUCAUCAUGCUCAUCGUCUCCAUCAUCGAAGAGGACAGGAAUUCCUACACACCCGUGCUCAACCAGUUUCCUCAAGAACUGAGCGUGGGGAAGGUGUCAGCAGAGGUCAUGUGGACGUUGUUUGCUCAGGACAUGAAGUACGCUAUGGAAGAGCACGAGAAGCACAGACUGUGUAAAAGCACCGACUACAUGAACCUGCACUUCAAGGUCAAGUGGCUCUACAACGAGUAUGUCAGGGAGCUGCCAAACUUCAAGGACGUCGUUCCCGACUAUCCAUCAUGGUUCCUACAGUUUGUGCUGCAGUGGUUGGAUGAAAAUGAGGACGUAUCUGUCGAGUUCAUGCAUGGAGCUCUGGAGAGAGACAAAAAAGAUGGCUUCCAGCAGACGUCUGAACACGCUCUGUUCUCCUGCUCUGUGGUCGACAUCUUCACGCAGCUCAACCAGAGUUUUGAGAUCAUCAAGAAACUGGAAUGUCCGGACCCGGACGUCAUGGCUCAGUACAGCCGACGCUUCUCCAAGACAAUUGCCAAAGUCCUGCUGCAGUACAGUGCCAUCCUGACCAAGAGUUUCACCUCGUAUAUUGACAAGGAGAAGAUUCCCUGCGUCCUGAUGAAUAACGUGCAGCAGUUGAGGAUCCAGCUGGAGAAGAUGUUUGAGUCGAUGGGCGCCAAACAGAUGGACGUGGAGGCCAGUGACCUCUUGAACGACCUGCAGGUGAAGCUGAACAACGUUCUGGAUGAGCUCAGCAGCACGUUCGGCAACAGUUUCCAGAGUCGUAUUAACGACUGCAUGCGGCAGAUGGCGUCUCUGCUGUUCCAGAUCAAAGGGCCGCUCAACGACAGCAACAAAAACCAGGUGGAAGGCGACUCGGACAACAUGCUGAGGCCACUCAUGGAUUUCCUGGAUGGAAAGCUGACACUGUUCGCCACCGUCUGUGAGAAAACCGUGCUGAAGCGUGUGCUGAAGGAGCUCUGGAGGAUCGUGAUGAGCAGCCUGGAGAAGACCAUCGUCCUGCCGCAGGGCAGCGACACCUUUGGAGCUCAGAUCCUCUCGGCUGCCAAAGAGCUCGGUCAGCUCUCCAAACUCAAGGAUCACAUGGCCGGGGAGGCUAAAAGCCUUUCUCCCAGACAGUGUGCCGUCAUGGACGUGGCCCUGGACACCGUCAAGCAAUACUUCCACGCCGGGGGCAACGGACUGAAGAAGGCUUUCCUGGAGAAAAGUCCUGAGUUGUCGUCUCUGCGUCACGCUCUGUCCCUCUACACUCAGACGACAGACACGCUCAUCAAGACGUUUGUCACCACGCAGCAUGCUCAAGUGCACAAUGGGAAGGGUAUUAGGUUAACACCCAGUGACAAAAUUCAGCCCAGCAGGGGUGCGGGCGUGAACCAGCCAAUUGGCGAGGUGUCGGUCCAGAUUGAGUUGUACACUCACCCCGGUAACAGAGAGCGAAAGGUUACAGCCAAAGUCAUAGGAGCCAGUGAUCUAAAAUGGCAGACAUCCGGAAUGUUCCGCCCCUUCGUGGAAAUCACCAUAAUCGGGCCUCACCUUAGCGACAAGAAACGCAAAUUCCAGACCAAAUCUAAGAACAACAGCUGGUCUCCAAAGUUCAACGAGACCUUCCACUUUGUCCUCGGCAACCAGGACAGCUUCGACUGCUACGAGCUGCAGGUCUGCGUCAAAGACUACUGCUUCGGCCGUGCCGACCGCGUGGUGGGCGUGGCCGUGAUCCAGCUGCGGGACGUCAUGGAGAAGGGCAACUGCGCCUGCUGGUGUCCGCUGGGACAGCGCGUCCACAUGGACGACACCGGACUCACCGCCAUGCGCAUCCUCUCGCAGCGCUCCAACGACGACGUGGCCAAGGAGUUCGUGAGACUCAAGUCAGAGACACGGUCGGCCGAGGAGGGCAGAUGAGACGAGAGGGCGUCAUAGCUGCCUUUGACUUGUUUGGUGGAGCGUUGGUAAAAUGUAGCCCCUUCUAGAACACGACACGUCGUUAAUCACAUUUAAAAUUAUUAUUCACAACGCCAACCGUCCCCUCUACCUCAACAAGAGUCGCCUUCACAUGAAUUCACAGAGUUAGGGCUAAGUGGUCGAUGGGAUGAGGGGGUGAAAUGGGACUGCGCCUCAUUUGGACAAACACUCGCAUUAACAACAGCGACAGCAACCUCACGGACACCGACUCACUCAACCUUCACUUCACAACACUCACCAGCUGUUCAUCCAGGCAGUGACCACUCACCCUGUCACUUCACCCGCUCAUUUUUCAUCCUCUUUAGCCUCGAGGGGAGCAAAGUUCCCACGCCUCUGUCCAGAGUGUCGUCGUGCAGUGAACCCUUCAAAGUGUGGCGGCGUGUCCCGAUGCCUUACACUCUGCAAAACUGUGAACGUGUGAAGUGAGAAAAAAAAAAAACCCAGUUCAGCUCCACUGUGACAGUGAAUGAGUUAAUGCGAGUCUUUAAAUCAACGAAUGAACGGAUUAUUAGACACAUUUUUACUGCCUAAAGCUGUGUUUCCCACACUUCCUGUUCCGGGAAACCAAGAAAACGAUCAUGACCCAAAUCCUAUAAUCCCUUUCCAACAUAAUUUUGCGUUUAUAAAAUGUGGAAAAUGUUUGGUAAAUGAUUAUAACUUUGUUUUAUGGAUGUUAUUUAAGACACAAAAAUCUUUUGGAAUCACUGGCUUAAUGAGAAGGUACUUAUAAUAUAAAUCCUCUUAAUUUUACCCCAUUAUUUUUUUUUUUGAAAGUAUUAUUGUGUGCCUUGCCCUCUUCGCUUUCUACUCCUUUAUCAUUAUUAUUAUUUUUAUACCCAGGAGAAGCAUCAAUCAUUUUCCAACUUUUGCUGGAAAAAUAUUAUACUAAUACUAAUUCAUUUUCAAUUUAAGGCGAAUUCAAUUUUUGUUUUGUUUUUUAUUUAUUUCUGAGCUCAAUUAACAACUGUAAAACCCCGGAUGGUUCAGCCAUUUUAUUUAUUUAUUUUUAUACGUAUUUAUUGGCGCCUGUGCUUUUCACUAACGGUGUUUACUGUUGGAUGGACACAGACUUUGUGUGCAGAGAAUUUGCACUUUUUUGAACGAAAGAAGUGACGACCUCACUGUGUUUGUUUGGAUUAACAAGUUAACAAGUUAAAUAAAUCUGUCUUUCACAGUAAUAGAGAAACUACUCGAGGCUCCUCAGCAGCAGCGGCAGUGUUGAUGGGUUUAUUUUGUUGUUUACAUUCUGUUCUCUUCCUUUGAGUGGCCUUAACUUUGGUGACAAAAACAAAAUAAUUCACACGUGUCUGUGGAGGUGAAUCGCUGCCACGCCAGAAAACUAAAAAGCUAUUGCAGUAAAACAUGAAAAAUGUCACUUUUCACAUUAUUAUUACAGCAUACAAACCUAAAAUGAUGAUUUCACCUCGUCACAUUACAACGUCAUAAAUGAUCUCACAAAUUGAAACAUUUAACGUUAUAAAGUGAGAAUUUAUCGUGUGAAAGGGAAAGUUACAAUAGGGUAAAUGUUUAUUAUGUAAAAUGUUUCACCAAAACACAAUUAUCUUACUAAUAUUCAGCAUUAAUAUGGCAGCAAAUGCUGUGACAGUAGUCUUAAGUCAUAAACAUCACCUGUGUUGCAAUGCUGGAAAAAAGCCAGUAGGUGGCAGCAGAGGUAAAUUAAAGUAAAGUUGCCGUUAAAGGAGAAUAAAGCAGCUUUUGUGUAGUUUUUGGCAUUUAAUCAAAAAUAACUGUGUACCACAAUAUUUAUAGUAUCGUAUCAUAAGGUUCGUACGAAAUACGCAAUUUUUUAUGUAUUGCCAAUUAAUUUUUAUUUUUCUGGCAUGACAGCAUUACACUUAAGUUAAAAUGUUUUUAAAAAUUCUCUCCACGUGUUUCUCAGAAAUGAGUUUUUGCGAUGUCAAACAAACACGUUUUUCCUUAUGUAGUGUUUUUUAUUUUAAAUCUUUGACGUUGUAAUAAAUCAGUUUUUUUCCUUUUUCCUUGAUAAUGAUGAUGCUGUGUUGAUGUUUUUUUUGAGUUUUAUGGACAGGAAUCAUAUGCAGUGAGAUGCUUAGUGCCAGUCAAUAUUAAAGUGUUACAUUUUAAAAAA